GGCUAUCUACUCCGACUCCAGAGCACUCUCGUCUGUGUGCCUGAGCGCAGAAUAACUGAUGAAUAUGGCCGGUGUCAGUAAACGUCGACAAAAUAAAAGCAUAAUUAAAUUGUUGCCAGCAGCACAGUCGCUCUAGAUAACAUGAAAACAGCCUAACCAGCUCUGUCAGGGGGAGUGAAAUGGUCAGAGUGAGAUUUUCUUUCAUUGGUGUUUGGAAUUAGCUUGAAAGCUUAGGCAACGUUAACUUGGGUGUUGAGGCCAGUUCCGCUCUGACUUUACGGACGGACAAUCUGACAAAACUCUGACUUUACGGACGGACAAUCUGACAAAACUCUGACUUUACGGACGGACAAUCUGACAAAACUCUGACUUUACGGACGGACAACUCUGACUUUACGGACGCUCUGAGCGCACUCCAGAUUUGCGAACAAGCACAUUUCAAGCGUCUGUAACGACGCGGUCUUGUUUGCCUUUGUUCACAUCGCCUUCCCGUGGCGGAACAAAUAUUUUGCGGGGAAGUCCUGACUUCUUUCUGGUCCAAUCACCGAGGGUUGCUGUUGCUAUGUGACGUUGACUGCAAACGUUAAGUUGCUAUGGAUUGAAAAUGAAGUUGGCCGAUCUCUAAAAACGUUAACUUAAUUUUAGCAAAUUAACCCUCUUACUUGUUUUGUUUUUUGUUGUUGUUUUUUUUAUCAACAAGAAAGAUAUUCGAUUAGUAUUCAGCAAUGCCUCCUCCAGAUACUAUGUACUGUGAACAGCAAAUCAACAUCCCCCCUGAACUACCAGACAUUCUCAAACAGUUCACCAAAGCUGCAAUCAGAACCCAACCCCAUGACAUACUACAGUGGUCUGCAGCGUACUUCUCUGCCCUGUCCAAAGGAGACACUCUGCCAGCCAAAGAUAGGCUGGAGAUGCCCGUUGCCACACAGAAGACUGAUACAGGAUUGACUCCAGGCCUGCUGAAGGUCCUACACAAACAGCUGGUCCCUAAGGAGACGAUCAGUAAGGAGGAGCUGCAGCAGAAGUGGAAGGGUCUGUGUCUGCCCUCAGAGCAGCUGGACACUCUGCUGGCCCUGGGGAACUUCAACGACAACAUCCACUGGAUGCAGUUCUUCGCCCUGGGCUGCAGCGCUCUGGGAGGGACCAUCAUCAGUGCCCUGAAGUAUGCGUGUGAAAUCCUGACGGAGAAUGAGGAGGGUGGAGCGGCGAGGAUCCCCUUUGAUACAUUCGUAGGGCUGUACACUUACCUGGCCCACCUGGACGGAGAGAUCCCCCAGGACCAGAUAGACAGCUUCCUAAGCAGCCUGCAGGAGUCUGUGGAAUGCCAAGGAGGGAUGGUGCAGACAGCGAACUUCAGGGAUGUUAUUUUUCCUGAAAUGUGAUUUUUUCCUGAAACCAGUCAUUCCUGCUUUUUUGUCGUCAUCCCCCAGUCCAACAGCAUUAGAAGGGAUGAGUUAUACCCCCAAAAGUAAAAUCCCAUGUUCCCUGUCCUGAAUUAUAAUGCUUUCUGUAUUGUGGACCAACAGACUGCAGUGACUAGGACCCAGGACAGGAAGCCUCAUUCAAAUACGUGUCUGCCUAUUGCCUGUCUAUAAUACUGUACAGUGAUAUGACAGUAUGUGUGUAUCUGUAUCCAUGUCCACUCUUACGGACUAUUUAUAUACUUGUACUUUGGUUCUGGGCAUUUUCAAUCCACCUGGGACUGAAUAAAGUUGUUUUAUAGUA